UUCUAGCUCCCAGUCGAACGCAUCUACGUCAGAGGUGUUCGACUCCUGGAGCUCCAGUCUGCCCUCCCAUUGCAGCACCAGUACAAGCGUAAGGACUGAGUCCGAUUCCAAGUCUGGCUUCUGGGGCUUCAGAGCCCACAGCCUGAGUGAUAGGAUUCCUGGGUCUACCACCCACUGGAGCGCCUCUGAUGGGGCUGCCACCACCUCCUACCCAGACACCGAUAUUUCCCGGGUAUCGUUAACAGGAUCUACCCCGUCCUCGGAUUCCUCCCGAGUGUCUGUACAAGAAUCCGCUCAACCCCCAGUUCCCAGCUCCCCGCAAGGCUCAGUACAAGGGUCCACAGGGUCCUCAGUACCCGCCUUUUCUUGGGUAACGAUUCUGGGACCUCCUACACCCAAUGCUCUUCCUCAAAUGUCGGUCCAAGGACCUCCCACACCCACUACUUCUCCCCGAAUGUCAGUAAUAGGGCCCACCGCUACCUCAGUGCCUAGCUAUCCAUGGGUGUUGGUUACAGGACCUUCCACACCCAGCGACUCGUCCCAAGCAUCGCUCCCAGGACCUCCUACACCCAAUAACACCCCCCGAGGGUCAGUAUUAGUGGGCACGUCGUCCCCAGUGCCCGACACUACUCGGAGUACGGUACAGGGUUCUCCUACACCCGACAAUCCUUCCCGAAUGUGGGUUCAAGGACCUCCUACAUUCACUAACUUGCCUCGAGUUUUAAUCCAAGGGUCCGCCCAGGUUUCAGUGCCUGCCUCCCUCCCGGUAUCUCUAGAAGGAUCAGCUCCGCCCCCGGGCGCUCCCCGAGUGUCAGCACAGGGGUCCGCCCCAUCCUCAGUGCUCAGCUCCCCCCGGGUAAAGGUAGAUAUAUCGGCUCCGCCCCUGGGCUCCCCCCGAGAGUUAAUAGAAGGGUCCGCUCCGCCCUUGGCGGUCCCCACUCUUCUACUCACAACCCGGGAGAGUCUGAACCAAAGCAUGGCGAGUCGGGAGAAGGCGAAUGUUGCGGGCCACAUGUUCGACGUAAUCGUGAUUGGAGGCGGCAUAUCAGGGUUAUCUGCUGCCAAACUCUUGGCUGAACAUGAUGUUAACGUUUUAGUUUUAGAAGCUCGGGAUCGAGUUGGUGGAAGAACACAUACUGUGAGGAAUGAGCAUGUUGAUUACGUAGAUGUUGGAGGAGCCUAUGUGGGACCAACUCAAAAUAGGAUCUUACGUUUGUCCAAGGAACUGGGCUUAGAGACCUACAAAGUGAACGUAAAUGAACGUCUGGUUCAGUAUGUCAAGGGGAAAACUUAUCCAUUCCGAGGUGCCUUUCCUCCCGUUUGGAAUCCAGUUGCCUAUCUGGAUUACAACAAUCUAUGGCGAACUAUGGAUAAUAUGGGGAAGGAGAUUCCAGCUGAUGCACCUUGGACGGCUCCACAUGCUGAUGAAUGGGACAAGAUGACCAUGAAAGAUCUCAUCGAUAAAAUCUGCUGGACAAAGACUGCUAGACGGUUUGCCACUCUCUUUGUGAAUAUCAAUGUGACCUCCGAGCCCCACGAGGUAUCCGCCCUGUGGUUCUUGUGGUAUGUGAAGCAGUGCGGGGGCACCACUCGGAUAUUCUCAGUCACCAAUGGGGGACAGGAACGGAAGUUUGUAGGCGGAUCUGGUCAAGUGAGUGAGCGGAUAAUGAACCUCCUGGGGGACAGAGUGAAGCUGCGGCAACCUGUCACCUCUGUUGACCAGACAGGUGACAAGAUCAUUGUAGAGACGUUGAAUCAUGAAUUAUAUGAGUGCAGAUAUGUCAUUAUUGCCAUCCCUCCAACUUUGACGGCCAAGAUUCAUUUUAGACCUGCACUUCCACCUGAGAGAAACCAGCUAAUUCAGCGUCUUCCAAUGGGGGCUAUCAUCAAAUGUAUGAUGUAUUACAAGGAGGCCUUCUGGAAAAAGAAGGAUUAUUGUGGCUGCAUGAUUAUUGAAGACGAGGAGGCACCAAUUUCAAUAACCCUGGAUGACACCAAGCCAGAUGGAUCACGACCUGCCAUAAUGGGUUUUAUUCUAGCUCGAAAAGCUGACCGACUUGCUAAACUACAGAAAGAGAUAAGGAAGAAAAAAAUCUGUGAGCUGUAUGCCAAAGUUUUGGGAUCUGAGGAAGCCUUACAUCCGGUACACUAUGAGGAGAAGAAUUGGUGUGAGGAGCAGUACUCCGGGGGCUGCUACACAGCCUAUUUUCCUCCUGGGAUCAUGACUCAAUAUGGAAGGGUGAUUCGUCAGUCCGUUGGGAGGAUUUACUUUGCUGGCACAGAGACAGCCACACACUGGAGUGGAUACAUGGAAGGGGCAGUGGAGGCAGGUGAACGCGGGGCUAGAGAGAUCUUGAAUGCUCUAGGGAAGGUGACUGAAAAAGAUAUCCUCAUUCAAGAACCAGAGUCAAAAGAUGUUCCAUCAGUCGAAAUCACCACCACCUUCUGGGAGAGACACCUGCCUUCUGUGCCUGGCCUGCUGAAGAUCAUCGGGUUGACCACAUCAGUAUCUGCUGUGUGUAUUGUCAUGUAUAAGUGCAAGCUUCUUGCACAUGCCUGAGGUUCCAUCUUCAUGCUUUGUGCUCACACUUUCCCAGCAUCAUCAGGAGGAAAAUCUUACCAACUUAAAGGCUGUGUCAUGAGGCCGUAUUAAAAUGCACUGAGUUUAAAGUCC